AUGCGCAAACUACACAUUAUUGUCGCCGGGUUUACUUGUACUUUCAAUGGCAAUCUCGGUUCAUCGAUGCCUUCAGGUGCCCUUGAUGCCAUCAGCGAGAACUUCGGCGUAUCCAACCAUAUCCAUCUUGUUCUCCUCAACUCGCUCUUCAUGUGCGGAUACGUUCUUGGUCCCUUGCUGUUCGGGCCCCUCAGCGAGUACAUUGGGAGACGCCCAGUGCUCAUUGGGACGUAUCUGGGAUAUUUGAUCUUUAUGCUCGCCUGUGCGGGAGCCCCAAACUACCCGUCGCUGCUCGUAUUCCGCCUCCUUUCUGGCAUCAAUGCGGCUGCGCCCACGACUGUGAUCGGUGGGCUCUAUGCCGACAUUCUCGACAACCCAGCUGUCAGGGGAAACGCGAUAGCGGUAUACAUGACUAUCACAACGGUUGGCCCACUCAUAGGACCACUUGUUUCGGGUUUCUCGUCUCAGGUUUCGUGGCGCUGGCCGUUUUGGAUUGCCGGAAUCUUGGCUGCCUCUGGGUUGCCUCUUGUCCUUACACUGCCCGAGACGUACGCCCCUGUCCUUCACAACAAAGCUGCCAAGAGGCAGAGCAAAAAGAACGGCAGUUUAGGGGAAAAUCAGCAGCAGCAGCAGCAGCAGCAGCUUGAGCCGAAGCCCUUCGAAGUCCGAAAAAUCUUUCUUCGCCCCAUGAAGCUUCUUUUUACCGAACCCAUUCUACUGUUCACUUCCGCCUACCUCACACUUGUUUAUGCCGUGUUUUACCUGUUGUUCCAAGCAUACCCAGUCAUAUUUCAGGGCUUUUAUGGUCUAUCGCCGGGUAUGGCCGGGCUUGCAUUUCUGCCAGUGGUUGUCGGGAUCUUAUUGGCUCUUGCCACCUUUUGGACUUGGACCUGGUAUCACGAUCGCGAAAAGAAGGCUGGGGCCAAGUGGGCUCAAGACCCAAUCAACCGCAGGUUACCUUUGGCAUGCGUGGCUGCUCCCUUAAUGGUAAUAGCUAUGUUCUGGCUCGGAUGGACCGUAUGGCCCUCAACGUCUCCUGUCGUGCCCAUGCUCAGCGGAGUCUUCUUUGGAUGGGGAUUCAACCUGCUCUUCAUGGGUAUGAUAAACUAUCUGACAGAUGUCUUCCGUCAGUACUCUGCAUCGGCGCAUGCGGCCGCCAGUAUGACGCGUUCGAUUGGUGCUAUCCUACUGCCACUUGCGGCCAACAGUAUGUACGCCAGUUUGGGAGUCCAUUGGGCACCUUCUGUCCUGGGCUUCGUCGCCUUAGCAAUGGGCGUAAUUCCUUUCGUUUUUAUCAAAUUUGGAGACCGUCUCGCAAGGAGUAGCAGAACAGCACGAGAAGCCUUUUCGAUCAAGGACUAA